AGGGGCCUUCUGACUGCAGCUCUGCCAUUGGUCAGAGUAUUCACACGUGGAGCCAGCUAUGGCAGCCUCCUGAUGAUUUUAUUCACUUUGUAUAGCAGAAAUAACAGCCAUUUGCCUUGUUUCAACUCGUUUCUGACUUAUAGCAUUGUUUUUAUUCGGUUGAACAUUCAUUUAUUUACAUUAUUUUGGGGGAUUAUGUGUUUUGAAGAUAUGCCUGGUGGUAAUGCAACGCAAAGUUGUCCACUAUUACGAUAGAUGAAGGAAAAACGCGGAACUGUCUAACAGCAUGAUGCCUGUAACCUAAGCCUGUACCUCAAACAGCUUCAGGGUUGAAUCAGUGUGGACAUAGUUGUAUCCUGUAUGUGGCAAUUAAUACAAUGGCGUCUGAUAGACACCAUUGUUCGUGUUGCUCCCAUCCAGUCUCCUCUGCCAGUGUUUGCCAGACGUUGACCGAAAUGGAUUUUGAACGAGGUAUCUGGUCUGCUGCAAUGGACGGGGACUUGGAUAGGGUCAAGAUCUUGGUCCAGAAGGGCACUGACCCUAACCUGAGAGACUCGGCUGGAUACACAGCUCUGCACUAUGCAAGUCGCAGUGGUCAUCACCCUGUAUGCAAGUUUCUUCUUGAGAUCGGUGCUUGUGCAUCUCCCCAGACAUCAGGCGGUGCCACGCCACUCCAUCGAUCAGCUUACUGCGGCCGUCUCGAUGUGGUCAGACUCCUGCUGCACCACGGAGCAGAUCCACUGAUCUGUGAUGACGAUGGUGCAUCCCCUCUACACAAGGCUGCAGAGCAGGGUCACGAAGAGGUGUGUGAGCUGCUUCUGAAGCACUGUCCAGCACUCUGCAGCCGGGUGAACAAGAGGCUCCAGCUUCCCUUCCAGCUGGCAACGCAGCAAGAUCUGCAGGAGCUGUUAAAACCUCCUCGGUGACCACGGACACACUGCAUCUGGGCCAUGCUGAGGUCACACAAUUGAUAUGAGCUCAAAACAUACUAGGUGAGGUCCGCUGAAGUCUCAUCUUGUCCUGGAUUCAUUACAUUUGGCUUCAGAACCACUGAACGAACCUGGGGGGACACAACAUCACUUUCCAGCUUCAUACCAUGUAAAUAACACCAGUGUCCAGACUCUCGAUACUGCUUCACUCUCCUUCAAGUAGUUGUCAAAUUCAUAAUAAAUCUGUUUGCGCACAUCAGCCUUCGUGUUAUGAGGAGCAAGUUACAGCUGAGGUACUUAGUUAAAGUUUGAGCACUGAGUGAUGAUGAGGAAGGAAGAAUCAAUACUCCCAGCUCACCAUAUGAUGCGGUGCACUGAUCUUUAAUGUGGGUUAUUUCACUGUGGAAUUAGCCUUGCAUACAUAUUUCUAUGUUCAAUACAAGAGCAGAGCAGGAGUACAAGGUAGCUACUGACAGGCCAGAGAGAAACAACAGUCCAGUUUAAAAGGAACAAAGUCUUGUUGUGAGUGCUGACAUUUCUUCUUUCAAUGUGUAGCAUUUCAAAUGUAUUUGAGCUGUGCCCUACGAACACCCGCGUUUGCACCCACUGCAGCAUUAAUGAUUGUUUUCUUUGACAUGUUGGACAAAGGAGUUUGUAUUAAAACUGGAGGUCAACAUUGUUUUUUUGUCUGGUACAUUUGUGUGAAGGGAUCCUUGCUGGUCUU